GCGGAUGAGAGUCUCCUAACCGCUGCCACUUGAGAUUAUCUCGAUAUUUAUCAUGCACCAACCACCGAGUGCGCCCAUCCUCAACUCUUUCCCGUCUGCCAAUGAGCUCGUUGAAUCAUUGGCAGCUUUUAUUGUAAAGCUCCAGAAGGACUCUAUCGACAAGAAGGGGAGGUUCACCGUAGCAAUAUCUGGUGGUUCGCUCCCGAAACAGUUGAAGGGCCUCAUUGGCAAUGCAUCAGUAAAAUGGGACAAGUGGCAAGUUUUCUAUGCUGAUGAGCGGGCUGUUCCGCUUGAUCAUCCCGACUCAAACCACAAGCUUUGUUUCGACGAGCUCUUCUCUAAAGUUCCCAUACCUUCUACCAAUAUCCAUACUCUCGACCCUUCUUUUAUCGAAGACUUGGAGGAGCUGUCAGAUCAUUACGAGAAAGAACUCAUUCGCGAGUUCGCUCAGAAGGACUCUGCUCGAUUUCCUGUCUUCGACCUUAUUCUUCUCGGCAUUGGUCCGGAUGGGCAUACCGCAUCCCUUUUUCCAGGUCAUGAGCUACUUGCAGAAGAAGACAGAUGGGUCGCAUAUAUCGAGGAUUCACCGAAACCACCUCCCAAACGGAUCACUCUCACUUACCCUGUCAUAAAUCACGCUGCACAGGUGGCUUUCGUUGCAACGGGUGAAGGGAAAGUUGAUAUGUUAAGUAACAUAUUGGAUAAGCCGGAGGAAGGGCUUCCUGCUUCCAGGGUUAAGCCCGUAUAUCCAGGUCAAUUAUAUUGGUUCGUUGACGAUGCUGCUUCUGCCAAGGUGCAGUAUCCUCGUACUCCCUUCAGGUUGUAGACUCGAUGGCUGGAGUGUUAUGAAGAAGAUAAAGAAGUUGUACCCGUAUUGUUAUACUGUAUACAAUCAAUUCUCCGUUGUUUGCAUUGAAUCCAUAUGUUCCU